CUCAUUUUCUAUAAAUAUAAGCCAGCACAUCUCUCUUCUUCUUACAAGCAAAAAAGAAAGAAAUUAAAGAGAGAGAGAAAGAUAAUGGGAAAGUUAAUGGCAAAGAGGUUUUGCAUUGGGUUUGGGUGUGGAAGAAUUGGGACGGGCAACAAUAAAAGAUCAUCAUCUUCUUCUUCUUCUUCAUCGUCAUUUUCAUCAUUAUCAUCAUCAUCUUCUUCUUCAUCGUCAUCAUGUAACAAUAACAACAUAAAAUGGGAGAUGAGGCCUGGAGGGAUGCUGGUUCAGAAGAGAUCAGAAGAUUCUAACACUGAAGAUUUAAUCAGCCUUAGAGUCUCCACUGUCUCUCAGCUUUCAUAUGAAAUCUCCAUUGAUGCCAACUCUACUUUCGGUGAAUUGAAGAUGAUGAUAGCAAUAGUGAGUGGAAUUGAGGCAAAAGAGCAAAGACUCUUGUUCAGAGGAAAGGAAAGAGAAGACAGAGAAUACUUACACAUGAUUGGUGUUGGAGAUGGAGAUAAGGUCUUUUUAUUACAAGAUCCUGCUUUUAAGGAGUUGAAACAUAUUCAUCUCCCAAUUACUGUCUAACUAAUUCCUUACUUUAUUAAUUGAUUAAUCAAUCGAUUAAUUAGCUCUAAUCCCCACUUAUUAAACACUCUCUUUUAUAAGUGCUAUAAGUUCUUGAUUUUGCAGGAGUAGUAUAUGCUUGUUAUUUCGCUGUAUCGUCUCCCAUUUGAUAAUCUUUGAGUUGAGUGAUUGAUUGUAUUUUGCUAAAUUGCUAGUCCUAUUGAUUAAAGUUGGAAGAUUGAAUUUUCUGAGUGUAACAUUGUAUGCUAUGAUUUUAAUGUCAAUAGAGUUAUGCGUGGUAUGUAAUACUAAGUCUUAACAAAAAAUGUUUUUACUGAUUUAUAAUUAUCAAUAUGAAUAAACAUGUAUUAGGAGA